AAUAGUCCGUAUCUAGCGCUACGUGGUUGUAGUUUUACAAUUGUACUCUAUUUAAUUGUAUAAUGUUAAAUCGUUCGUUUGAUUAACGUGUUCGGUUUAUUUUCUGUAUAUCUGUAUAAUUUGAAAACCGCAAUCAGAAACUCUUUUGACCUAUUCCUUGAAUGUAGUGUGUAGUUUAGAAACACGAUGGACACGUGAUCAUUUUGUCGAUGAAGAUAGACUGGGUAGCAGGCAUUGCUAAAUAUGUAAGGAACUGUUUUCGUGCCGAACGAACAUUUGGAGACAUCGUGUUUAGGAAGACCUCCUUCUAGUGCAGCAGCAUCAUGUCCAAAGAGACGUUCAUCGCCACAAGCUUCUUCUCCAGCAACGAUUGGCACGAGACAAGGCUCCUGUCCGGUUCCGAGGCAGUCAACCUGCAGCGGUGUGGACGCACUCAGUUUGCGCAGAACCAGGGCGCUGUUGUCCACGGCUCUAACUCUGUUUCCGCCAACAUGGACCAGCUCAACAACCGGCCAAGUAUGGGCAGUGGGCCGUUUGACCUGUUUGCGGACAUGAACACCAAUUUCUUCCCAUCCAGCCCUUUGCUCAGUGCCGCUAGGCAGCGUAUUCAACAGUUCCACCAAAAUUUUAAACUUGGCGAAUUCCAAAGUCAGCCCAACAUCAAUUAUGGGGCCAAUGCUCUUCAAAAAUUCCACAAUUUCAGCUUUCCGGAUUUUAACUCAUUAUUCCCCGAUUUCCCGCCACCCCCCGAUAUCACUUUCGGUGGACUAUUCCCAAGAACAGGAGACUUUUUCAGUAGCAUGACUAGUAGUCUAAAUGCCAAUUACCAACCGCACGUAGCUAGUCAAUUCUCAUCCAAUAAUAACAAUAUCAGCAGUAGUUCUUCCACCAUUGAUGACAACAGAGUCUUAAGCUCGACAAGUCAAGAGCCAAAGUCUACUGAAAACUCGCCUAGUCUGUCGCGAUGGGUCAAGUGGCCAAGCGAUUCUGGCUUCAUCCACCAUCCCAACCAACACACCCAGCCAGGUCGAGGCUCACCAGACUACCAGGAUCCUUCAUCGUCUUCGUCUACACCAUCGGCUACUGGAACAAUGUCAUCCACAUCAUCCUCAUCUGUGCCAUAUUUCUCCGAGUCAGAGCUCCGCAAUAAGACACCCCCAUUUCCACACCAGGAGGACCAAAGUACGAAAAGUAAAAUGUCCGACGACAACCAGUGGUGGGAGCUGUACGACCCCAACACCACGCGCUUCUACUACUACAACGCCACCAGCCAGAAGACGGUCUGGCACAAGCCACAGAACUGUGACAUCAUUCCACUGGCCAAGCUUCAGACACUGAAGCAGAAUACGGAAGUGAAAGAAGGGGAGAGAGAGAACAGCAAGAAACGAGAGAUGGGAACCCAGACCCCACUAACAACACCGCGGCGGGACCACGGCCGGGGGACGUCUGUGAGAGGGACCCCUUCAUCCACGUCACCCUUGCCAGCCCAGACCACCACCACCACACCCGCUGCCUCCAGUGUGCCAAGCAAGAGCGCUGCUCAUACCCAGGUGACCCAAGGAGCCCAGACAAGCCCCAAAGGAUCAAGAAAGCAGCAUAGAUAUCAAAGACAAGACUCCUUAUCAUCUCACAGUAGCUCUAGUCGCCUGGAUGAGGCAGGCCCAGUCAAUGGAGAGCUUAGAAGAACCAGCCAGACCCCAACCCAAAAUGAGCCACUUCCGUUUGCUGUCAUCAACAGAAAUGUCAUGCGACGUGAUUCCUUUGAAAUGCCUCAGCGCACCAUCAUUGAUUCCCCUCGGCCAUCAAGAUCUCGCUCCCUCCACAAGACUGCCAGUGAUUCCAGCGCUCCAGGGAGACAGGCCACAGUUUCUGGAGGCGGUGGAACCUCUAGCACCAGGUGGCAGCACAGUCCGUUGCAACACCAAGAUGUUAACCAGGACAAUUACGCUUUUAGCAGACAUGCUAGUUUUGACACCGGUCGACCCAGGCAGAUGCCACAUGUCCCCUCAGACCCAUUGUUCCAGGCUAGCCACCACCACUACCGCCAGGCUAGUGAGGGUGUGGCUCCGCGACCUGGGCAGGGCAUGUCUGAGUCUCAGCACAUUGCUUACACAAGUGACCUUGGCUAUGACCACCGGGUGCAUCAUCCCCACCCCCACCAGCCAUAUCCAGAUUCUAGACAGCCGGCCAGCUUUCAUGACAUGAGGGGGUCAUCCUCCAUGGGUCACGACCCAGCAGCUGGUCACGCUUUUCAUAAAUAUGGUAGUGAGAUAAGGAAAGGGAGCUUAACAGACUUUAGGCAUGGUGGUACUGGUCCUGUUUACACAGAGAACCUAUACAGAAAAGGAUCUGUAUCUGAUGAAUACUCUGCAGAUAGUGGGCCCAUGUCUAUUAUGUAUAUAAGGACAGAUAGCUCAGGCUCUGAUGUGGUACCUGGCCAUGAGCGCUUGUACAGCCCUGACCUUCGAGGGCGUGAUGAGUACUUAGCAUACAGCCAAGACAUUGCCAGCCAGCAGGGUCAUGUCAGUCCUGUGCCCCAGCUUAGUGCUCCUGGCUCUGGGAAGUCAAAACGUUCCUUUCCAAGAACUAACCCAAACUAUACUGGAUUAUCAAGGCGGAGUGAGGCUCAGUCCCCUGGAAGUUCAGGUAUUUAUAAAAAGAUAAGCAACAUUGAAAACCAGUAUUCAGGUGGGAGCAGUUCUGGGAGUUAUGACACGGCUGGCUACAUUGCUGCUGGCAAUGGGGGUGUCAUCCAAAACAUGGGGGUACAGACAUCUCAGUCACUUUCGGACACCUAUUUAGAUGCCCAGAGCCCUCGGCUUAGCCAUAGCAACAGCGGCUCUGUGCUCCACCAGCCCCAUCAUUCGUACCACACUCGCAGUGAUAGUGACGCUUCCCAAUCUAGUUCACUGAGGUCGCACCCUGGUUAUCGAGACCCACAGCAGAGGCCAGAGAACAAACAGCUUUCUGAUAGCCAAUCCUCUCAGGGCUCGGCCAGAAAUGCCUCUGACAUGCACUCUUCCCAGGGAUCUUUGCGAAACAUUUUGGAAAACACUAGAAAUGACAAUGUGUCUCCUCGAGGUCAAGUGAAGGGUGUGUACCAUGAGAAAACUGCCAGCCAAGUGUCCCAGCGCACUGCAGCCCAAGCACCCGAUGAUGGGGAGCCGGACUAUGCCAACCUGCCGCCCAGCAAUGGUCACAACACUAGCAGCAGCACGGCUAGCAGCAACAGUGCUGCCAACGCUGGUCUUCCACCAGUCUCUUCCCAUCGCUUGGCGAGAGAGGCUGAGUAUGAUGAUGAUGACGACGAUGAGGAGGAAGAUGAAGAUUUCAAUAAAGAGAAUGUCCUGAUCAGGAAGAACAGUUUCCCAGACUAUGAUAGUGUUCCAGAGCUAGAGUCAGACUCUUCCAGUUUAAUAUCUGCCACCAACAGAGGUCAAGUACACUCUGAGCCAAUCAGCUCUUCCUCCACUUUAGAAACGCAGCAUGCAUCCCUCAGGAGGAAGAAAGGUGACAAGACAGACUCUGGCCAGAAUGAGAGAAGCUUGUCACUUCAGACUGAUGUCAAUGUUUCCCCCCGUCCUCUGAGCAUGGUGGUCCAGCAGACUGAUCAGAACAUCGCUAUGAGUCCCUCCAUAGGGUCACUAAAUAGAGGGCUCUCUUGUGAAGGAGACAUGGAGCAGUACAGCCAGAACCUGAAUAGACACAAAAAAGGACUUUUUGGCAAGAAGAUUUCUUUAAACAACAUGUUGACUUGGUCCAAGGACCCAAUUCAGAAACCUAUGAUCAAAACUAGUGACAAGAGUAUCAAGAAAGAUGCUUGUGAGAUGUUUAAAAUGAUCCAACUGUACAUGGGAGACAGGAAAGGCAAGCAGGCCCCGAUGUCUGUGGCCCUGGACAUCAUUACCAAGGGCUGGUCCACAGGCAACAUGAGAGAUGAAAUCUACAUCCAGCUGAUGAGGCAGACCACUGAGAAUAAAAGAGAGGACAGUUUACAGAGAGGCUGGGAACUCAUGGCAAUGUGCUUACACUUCUUCCCUCCCUCCCAGAAUUUCUACUCAGUCCUAGAGUCCUACAUUGUGAAACACAAGGAACCUUCCCCUGAAAAUGUUUGUGCUCUGGUUCCACACUUCUCUUCCUACUGUUACCAAAGAUUGAUGAGAGCAUCCCAGACUGGGGCUAAGAAAGGUGUUAGGAAGCCUACGCUGGAAGAAGUGGAACAAGCUAAGAAAGCCAUCUUCCAUCCAUCUAUGUUUGGCUCUAUGCUAGAGGAUGUAAUGUUGCUGCAAAAGGAGAGGCAUCCAGACAGACAGUUGCCAUGGAUACAAAUUGUUCUUUCAGAGGAAGUUCUUCGUCUGAAUGGCACACAAACUGAAGGAAUCUUUAGAGUGCCUGGAGAUAUUGAUGAAGUCAAUGCGCUGAAAAUUCGUUGUGACCAGUGGAUUCUGCCAUCGGAUUGCCCUGACCCACAUAUCCCAGCUUCCUUGUUAAAACUGUGGUACAGAGAGCUGUACGAGCCUCUGAUUCCGUCUCAAUUUUACGAGAGCUGUAUUGAAAACUACUCCAACGCUGACGCUGCCAUCAGCAUAGUGAACCAGCUGCCUGACAUCAACAGACUUGUUCUUUGCUACCUCAUUCGAUUUUUACAAGUUUUUGCUGCGCCUGAAAAUGCUCAAGUGACUAAAAUGGAUGUAAACAACCUGGCCAUGGUCAUGGCCCCCAACUGUCUCCGUUGUGAAAGUGAUGAUCCCAGGGUCAUCUUCGAGAACACCCGUAAGGAAAUGGGCUUCAUCCGCACCUUAAUUCAGUCCUUAGAUACCAGUUUCAUGGAAGGCAUUGUCUGAGAUGGAACAUUUUUCUCCUAGCAUGGAAGUAUUACAGUCAUAGACUACAGAAGGAAGUGCAUAGUUGACUACAAAUUGAGCAACUGAACAAUACUGAAGUUUCUUCUUAGAAGAUGCCAAUAGAGCUGGUUUAUAAAUAAUUUUUAUUUUAAAUCUUCUCUUGACAACAUAAGCUAUUAUUUGGCUAAGGUAUCUUUAGAAUCACAUUUUUUCAACAAAACAAUAAUGCAGUAAAUAUGAAAUCAUCUAAUUCAUGCUAGACAAUCAGAACAGGGUAGCAUGUGCUUAGAGAGUUAGUUUGUUUUAAAUUUAAAAAAAAAAUGUGUUUAUUGUGAUACCACAUCAACUUCAAAUGGCAUGUAAAAAGAAAUGUCUGGAACUAAUUAUUUAUUUUGACAGUUCCAUGCAGCCUGCUUAAAGGUGGAAAGAAAACUGUUAGUACAUUGAAGAAGAUAUUCUUGCUUUCUUUUAACAGAAAUCAUUUGUAGCAUUGAAUAAUACUUCACCAUUGGUCUGUUUUAUUUUGUUGGUUGUGAUUUGUGAGAAACUCUACAGAAUACUGUGCUAUAGACAAUAGUUAUAUAAAGUGUGAUGUUUUCCUGAUUGAUAUUUAAUGACUUGGGUUUCUUUUAUGUAACUAUGGCAGUUUGUUUUUGUAUAGUCCAGCUCAUUAGUCAUUGUAUAGUCCAGCUCAUUGGGAGAUACUAAUGUUAGAAUGCUACAUAGGGAGAAAAAGUUAUAAAGAUGGUGGCAUGAUUUCGAAGUUUCACACUAUCUUCUUUAGUUGUUCAGUUUAAACAAAUAUAACAAUAGUUUGGAUUCGAUCCCUGGGAUUUGAAACUAGCUUUUGCAUGCUUGUUGUAGCACCCAAUCGUUCAAUGAUGGAUUUUUUUUAACUGAUUCAGUUAAAUCUCUGCCCAGACAAUAGCAAAUUGAAUGAAAUCACAUUAAAGGCUUAAAUACAAUGAGGUUUCUUAAAUAAAAACAUUUGAUACCUCACAGUAUCAUUUUAAUUCAUGUAUUCUUUGCUGCUUUCUGCCAUAAUGUUCUUUUUCUUAGACAUUCAAUAUAUUUAAGAUUUUGACAUUACCGGUAGUUGAUAUGCAAGUUCUCUUUUUAUCGAUGUGCACAAACUAAUACUCGGGUAUGUCGUACUUGGAUUUUGGAGUUGGGCUCACCCCUAUUGAUAUUGACUAAAUGGUUAUUCUGUUAAGAUCUGUUGCAUGUAUACAAUUAAGUAAGACACUGGAACCAGAGAGUGAAGAGGCUAGGAGUGUGUGUGACCAAGACUGCAGUAAUCCUUGAAGUUGUUUACUGGUGAGGAGGAAAGUUUGCUGUCUGCAUUUCAUUCUGAGCCAAACUUUCCCUUAAGAUUUCAGAGGCUUGUCCCUGUACUGAAAGCCUCAUUUCCACCCCAACCCUCCCUUUUAACUUACUCUCAUUCAUGUGUUUCAAAAUGUACAUAAUAAUUUUCAUUCAGUUUUUUUUCUAACUAUUAUAAUUACAUCCAAGGUACAAAAGAUGUUAAGAAAUGGAAACAUUUUAAGGGUUGAUGUCUGUGAUGAUCAUUUGUAUAUAUUGACUUUUUAAUAACAUGGUAUAGACUUUUUAAGUUCAGAGAUUAAACGAACAAAGCAGGACUGGGUUCAGAAGAUAGAUGUUGAGCCACACCUGAUGCAAAUCAAGUCAUCUGUUGAGUUCAUGUAUAGUCCAGUGAUGUAAGCCUAUUAGUAGAAUAUACUUUGUAUGACCCAUACUUUUCAAUUUUAAUAAUUCUUAUACUUUUGCUGUUUUCAACAAACAAUAAAGUUAUAAUUACAUUCAUUCAUAUUUUUUUUUUCAACUUUUAAAAAUCCUCAAUUUUAUCUCUUUUGAGCAAAAUAUUGACAAGGUAUUUGGUACAUUAACAAAGUUUGUUUUUUUGUCCCACAUGGUUUUGUCUCUCCUCAUUUAGCACAUCAUUGUCAAUGACCAAAAAACUUUUUCUUUUCCAUUUGUAUUUUCUCCCCCACCACCAAUUAGCAAACAGAGCAGGAACAGAGCAGAGCAUCUAUGACGGGUUCUCAAUCUGUGGGUCGUGACCCCUUUGUGCGUUGAAUGACUUUGUGAGGGGUCGCCUAAAACCAUCAGAAAAUUAUCUAAUUCAGAUCUUAGAACACGAUAGCCAGAGGAUACAAACGACACUUUAAGUGAAUGUAUCAUCAUUGAACGUAUACUUGAUUUUUAUUGGUAGUUACUUUUUUUUAUAUAAUUGUUAUUCGAAAAUAUUUAUUGCGGACCACAUCUUGGUUGUUGCAGGAUACUUUUUCAACAAAUGAAAUUGCUGUCCAUCAAAUGCGUUAUAACGCUCUUGCAGGAUGAAACAUUUCUAUGGAGAUCUAAUCAUGUCAUGAAGAAAAUUUAACACUAGCUAAAUUAUAUUUACCUAAGCCAAUGAAUGAAAAAAAUUUAAUGGUAGGGGGUCGCCGCCUAGUGGAAAAUAGUAUUAGUGGAGUCAUGGAGCUAAAAAGGUUGAGAACCGUUGAUCUAUGAGAUGAAUUGAAAUUUAUUAUACUAGUUAUGAUAUAUCAACUUUAGUUUUAGUGUUCCAUUGAGCUUAUGAGAUGAUGUUUAGUUCUUUUUACUUGCAUCUGUUAAAGAAUAGUUUUGUUUUGAGUAUGUGAGAGUGUGCUUCUAUCUAGUAUGGUAAUAAGUUAGGGUUGGCCAUUCACUCUGUGGUAAAAAUUUAAAAAAAAACGGCUUUUCAACUCCAUGAUAUUGUUUGCAUUUAUCACAUUUCUAUCCCAUUAGAUUUAGUUGAUGUAGUUAAUGAAAGAGAAGUCUUAACUCACUGAAAAGAUUUGUAAUUGUCAGUGAACACAUUGUUUACAUGGGUACUUUCAGUCUGUAGCACAAGAAUUGACUAUGAAGAGGUUGUUUACUACUCUGUUGUCAAGUGGACACUGAUGACAUUAGCCUUCUUGGAAUAAAUGAAUAUUGGCAAGAAUUAAAUGUUGUUUUAAGCAGUCAUCUGCUUUACCAUUGUGCUGGUCCCUUAACUUAUUAAAAAAAUAACUAAGCUUUAAUAAGUAAUAAAUUCAUAACAUUUUUUGUCUUCUGCCUCUGCAUUUAAAAAGUCAUAUCCACAUUUAAAAUUUGAAAACCAAAAAUUGUCAAACAUGAAACAAAUUACAAAAUUGCAUGAACCACUAUUGCCACUCAUAAAUCAUAAAUCGAGUAAGGUAAUUGCAUCUGACCUCAAUUGACUUAUUGUUCUUUAGUAAAAAAAAACAUUGUAAAAUUUUCAUAUAUAUGAAUACUUAGUGUGUAAAUUUUAAACAUUAUUUUACUUAUGACACCAAACUUUAUAUUUUGACAAUGAACAAAAAAAGUUAUUUUAAUGAUGAACAAUAAAACACUUUAUUGCAAAAUAAAAAUGCACGUCACAGUAUGUUGAUUAUGAGAUAUGAGCAUUUAAAAAUUUUGAAGUGAUGAAUUAUAUUACUUUGUGUUUUCAGGAUAUCAAAUUUAUUUCAAUUCAGUUAUAGGUCCAAUGUUUUAAUUACAUGUGUAUUAAUUUUUGUUUGGCAAACUAUCUGUGCAUUUUUGUUGCACUGUGGUCUUCAAUUGUUCCCUAAAGUUUACGACUGUGAGCAUGAGUACUUAAUUGAUGUCUGUGGUCUCGCUAUCACUACUCACUGUAGUUCAUAACCAAGUCCACUCUCUGCACAUUAUUAUUAUUCAAAAACUUUUUACAUAAUUUAAUACCAUAACUUUGUUUUUUUUUGGUCAUAAUGGGAACAAAGCUUUCAUCUGAAUGUAAUACUUAUUAACUUGUAUAUUUAUGUGUUGAAUGUAUUUUUUUAAAACUCUUUGAUAUUUAUUCAACAAAAACAAUGAUGGGGUAUGUUUCUGAAUGGACAAGUCAUUAGUAGAUUGUGUAAUUGAUGUUCAUUAACUACAUCAGUUAAUUAGUGAAUAUAAUUGACCAGCCAAAUAAUUUGCACAUUGGCUUGUCAGAUCGAUGAAUUGAGUGAUCAGUAAGUUGUAUAUUUUAAAAAAUGAUAUGAAUUUCUUUCCUGCUCGGCACCUGAACAAAUAUUACAAAUAAGGCUGUGGUUCCAGGUGAUUUUAUUCCAUGUAUUUUAUUCAAUGAAUUCUUUGUUGUUUGUUUGUUUUUUUUCUUUCCCCUGAUGUUAAUUUAUAUGAUAAACCAAUAUGUACAUACAAUUGACUGUGCAAUAGAGUGACAUAUACAGGAUGUAGCAUGAAAGAAGAGAUCAAGAAUUAAUGUGUUAGGAUUUGCCAAUAACUCUUCGUACAAACCCUAUUAGUACAAACCCUCUUCGUACAAACCCUAUUAGUACAAACCCUCUUCGUAGCAGUAUUUUUUUUUUUUUUUAUAUUCUUAAUGUUUUAUUCUUCACUACAGAAUGGUGUAUUUUACUUUCAUGCUACGCAGGGAACUAUUAGGAACCUCACUUUCUGUUUUAAUGUUACAUAUUAGCAGUAUAAUACUAAUGUAUGCCUCUGUACAGAUCUGAUCCCACAAGCAGAAAGUGUGUGUGUGUGUCUUUGUAAGCAUGGUUUGAACUCUGGUUUUCACCAUGUCAGCUUGUCUUAAGUUUUUAAUGUUCAAACAGGGAGGCAGUGUGGGGGAGGAGCUAAUUUUAUCCAAGACUUUUGUGCUCAUGUUUCUCUAUACAAAACUAUUUAUUUGUCUUAUCAACAAAAGUCUGUUGUUUUCACAUAUCCUUCUCAUUGUCUCAGCCUAGAACAUGAACAUAGUUUAUACCUAGAUGUUUCAGCAUCCACUAUUUUGUGGAGGUGAUAUGCCUUUUGGGUUUUCUGAUUAUAUCUUUGCUUUAGUGUAAUCAACUCAAGUUAUAAUAACUUUAGCCAUAAUCUUUAUAUGUUCUCAACUUCAAUGGAUGACUAUAUGAAUUUUUUUUUUAGUAUUAAUACUGACAAAAAAAAUGUCUAUGAAGUGAAAAAAAAAAACAUCAGUGUAUAGUGUUUCUAGGUAUUAGUUUGAAUCUGUCUUAGUGUUAACAUUUUCCUUUCCCCAUAGUAUGAACUUAAGACUCCACUGUUUGAUUGAAUGUGAGAAGGUGUUGUAACGAGUUGCUCAUGAGCUCCUACUGUAGCUAAGUGUGUGGACAGACUCACCCUCAUCCAGUGGUUUAUCAAACAUUUUCAAAUAAAUUGAACUUUUUUUUUUGUAUA